AUGAAGCGACGCGUUGCCAUUAAGCGUGGCACGAAUAAUCAGUCUCAUAAGAAGAAGCGUGUUCUUAAUGAUGAUGCAUUUGAUUGGUCGGGUAAUAGUAAGGGUGACUCAAACGACGUGAUUGCGUCGGAUAGUGAAGGUAGUGAACAUGCAAGUGUUACGAGUGGAUACAAGAGCGAAGACAAUGAAGAAGAUAAGGAGACAGCUCAAGAAAAACGUAUGAGGUUGGCAAAAAUGUAUUUGGGCAAGAUUACGAUGCAGGAGAAGAACGGGAUAGAGGAGGACGAGAAUGGCGGUGUCGAGGAGCUUGUAGGUGCCAGAUUGCAACAAGAUGCGUUGGAAGCCAUGGGCAAGCUAUUCAAAGAAGUAGCAGCAGAAUAUGUGGCAUUCGAGUUUGAUGCAGACUCGACCAAGUUUCUUACGGGUCACCGCUUGCCUGUGACAAGUUUGUGUUUACUAGAGGACGGCAAGACGGCUUUUUCGGCGGCUAAGGAUGGAUCAAUUUUGCGAUGGGACUUGGCUACGCAAAAGAAGACCAAGCUUGCUUUGCCAAGGGAUGAUGCUGCAGCAGAAAAAGCGACGACGGAUAAAAAACGGUGCAUCUUGGCGCUGGCUGCUAGCUCGGACGGAAAAUUCCUGGCCAGUGGUGGUCGCGACAAACUUGUACGUGUAUGGGAUCUCGAAAAAAGUGAAUUGCAGGAAAGCUUUUCGGGACAUCGCGAUGCUGUUUCGUCGCUGGCGUUCCGUCUUCGCUCGCACUCGCUAUUCUCUGGAUCGCUUGAUCGCUCUAUUAAACACUGGAACCUGACAGAGAUGGGAUACGUCGAGACGCUGUUUGGGCACCAGAGCGAAGUGAAUGCACUGGAUAGUCUAUAUAAAGAGCGUGUAGUGAGCUGUGGUCGGGAUCGCAGUGUGCGUGUAUGGAAGAUCCCAGAAGAGACCCAGUUGGUUUUUUACGGCAACUCGGGCUCCAUGGAUUGCGUCAAGAUGAUCACGGACGAAUACUACGUUACAGGUGGAGAUGACGGCUCUCUAUCGCUUUGGUUCAACGGCCGUAAAAAACCGGUCUGCGUUGUUUCAAACGCUCACGAUGGCAAAUGGGUCAGCAGCGUGGCUGUCAUGCCACGCACAGAUCUUGUUGCGUCUGGAUCUAGCGAUGGUCAGAUUCGGUUGUGGCAGGCUGAUUUACAAGGACGGAACCUGGUCCCUGUUGCUUCUAUCCCGAUGGAAGGCUUUGUGAAUGCACUGUGCUUCGAUCCGAAGGCUCGAUUUUUGCUCGCAGGUGUGGGCCAGGAGCAUCGUCUAGGACGAUGGGAAAAAGUGAAGGUUAGGAAUGGUGUUGCAAUUAUUGCUUUGCCUAGCAUAGAUGGUAGGGAGGAAGGAGGCGAUGACGAAGAAGAGGAUACUAACAGCGACGAUGAGUCUUAA